UUCAGGGAGGGAUGAUAUUCCACCAGGAGAGCAACAGACCCGGCUGCAGCAUUCUCAGGACAGGAGGCUGUAUUCUUGCCGAUGGAUGUUUCACUUGCUUUCUUCGUGGCAACAUCUCUCUUGCUGUUCCUGAGCUCUCGAGGAGUCUCUGGAGAAGGGAGAGUUUGCACAGUGUUCCCCUUGUCCACAAACCAGACUCUGGUCUUCAGGAAUGGCACAGUCAGGUGCAAGUCCACUGACUUCUGUUUUGGAAUCUGGAUCCGUCAUCCUGAUGGAGUUUUCUACCCAGACAGACAAGGCUGCUGGCCGACCCGGAACGUCCUCUCCUGCACCCCACAGUGCACAGACCGAUCCCACAGGUCCCACCGCUUCACUUCCUGCUGCUGUAGCACAGACCUGUGUAACAGUGGCCCCCCUCGUCUCUCUGGGUCUGAACAACUCUCCACCCACGGACGACUGAAUGGGAUCAUCUGUCUACUGGUAGUCCUCCUGAUUUCCUCAGUCCUCGUGCUGGUGCUAAUGUGUCCUCGAGUGCGGACCGCCCUCUCUGCCUCUCGGUGCUCGGCUCCUCCCGUUGCUCCUGGGAAUCCGCAGACUGUCGAAUUACUUGAGGUGAUUGGACGGGGCAGGCAUGGAACAGUGUGGAGGGGGCUCCAGAGCCAGCAGCUGGUGGCGGUGAAGGUGUUCCCUGCUGCCCACCGAGAUCAUUUCCAGAACGAGCGGGCAUUCCGCAGCCUGGUCUCCGUGGGGCACCAGAACAUUGUAAGGUUUGUCGGGGCUGGAGAGUACAAGCACAGAGGGAGCGUGGAUUACCUGAUCAUCACGGAGUACUGUCCUGGGGGAUCCCUAUCCAAUUACCUGCGACAGCAUUGCAACAGCUGGGAGGCUAGUCUCAAGAUGGCUCAGUGCAUCACAGCAGGAGUGAGUUUCCUUCACACGGAGACCUGGUCCAGAGGUGUUUACAAGCCUGCCAUCGUCCAUCGGGAUCUCAGCAGUGACAACGUGCUGGUGAAGGAGGAUGGGGUGUGUGUGAUCAGCGAUUUUAGUCUGGCCUCAGUGAUGAGCAGCGACAAGAAGCUGACUGGCAAAGGAGCCCAGGUCUACAUGGUCGGGACAUACCGCUACAUGGCUCCUGAGUUACUGGAUGGUUCCAUCAACCUGAGGGACUACGGUACCACCCUGAAGCAGGCCGACGUUUACUCCUUAGGACUGGUCCUAUGGGAGAUAUUCACCAGGUGCACCACCCUCUUCCCUGGCCAAUCCACGCCAGACUUUCAAGCAGUGUUCCAAGCGGAGAUUAUGAGGGACCCAACCUUCGAGGAGAUGGUCACCACUGUAGCCAGGGGUCGAAUAAGGCCCAAAUUCCCCCCAAGCUGGGCAGUGGUCAACAGGAGCCUGCCUGAGACCAUCAGUGACUGCUGGGACCACGAUCCUGAGGCUCGGCUCUCUGCCCAAUGCCUGGAGCACCGACUGGCAGACAUGUCAGCUCUCGCUCUCUCCUGACUCCUUCUGGACACUGACCGCUCUCAGUGAGACAGCACGAUGAUCCCUUCUCACGGCCCCUUCCACAGUGUGAACCUCUCUCGGUACCACCCCCCCCCCCCACACAGCACAGCGCUCACUCACUGCCCCCUCUCAGUGAGACAGCACGAUGAUCCCUUCUCACUGCCCCUUCCACAGUGUGAACCUCUCUCGGUACCACCCCCCCCCCCACAGCACAGCGCUCACUCACUGCCCUCCCUCCUCGCUGCCCCUCCCACAUCACGGCUCUCCCUCUCCACCUCCUCUCCUUCCCGCAAGAUUAUCCACUGUGCCCAAUGGUUCUCCUAACAGGUUUCUGACAGGAGUUCAACCCACACCCUCCCUCGCCACAUGGAGUUCCUCUGGGGCCAGGAAACCUCUGUCUCACGAAUUAAUUGCAGUCCUGUUACACCCCACACCUGAGCCCCACAAUAAUUGUUUUGGAGAUGGAACACUGAGCUUUUUUCCGAGACUGGUUUCACCUGAUCAACCACUCAGCCGAAAGACUCAAAUAAAAUAAAAUACAAAUGUUAACUCUGAGUUCCUGAGAGUCCUUUCAAUACUUGGAAUUGGUUUAUUAUUGUCACAUGUACUGAGAUACAGUGAAAAGCUUGUCUUUUACACUGUUCAUACAGAUCAGAUCAUUACACAGUGUAUUGAAGUAGAACACGGUAAAACAAUAACAGAAUGCAGAAUAGUGUCACAGUUACAGAGAAAGUACAGUGUAGACAGACAAUAAAGUGAGAGGUCAUAAUGAGGGUGAGGUCAAGAGUCCAUCCUUUCGUACUAGGGGACUGUUCAAUAGUCUAAUAACAGUGGGGUAGAAUCUGUCCUUGAGCAUGGUGGUGUGAGCUUUCAAGGCUUUUGUAUCUUCUGCCCGACGGUAGAGGGAAAGAAAGGAAUAUCCUGGGAGGGUGGGAUCUUUGAUUAUGCUGGCUGUUUCACUGAGUCAGCAGGAAGUGCAAACAGAGUCCAUGGGGGGGCAGGGGGAAGAGUCUGGCUUCUGUGAUGUACUGAGCUGUAUCCACAUCUCUCUCCAGUUUCUCACAGUCAGUUGCCACCUUGUCAGGCCCUUGAGAUUUAUUCACCCUAAUUUGCCUCAAGACAGCAAACACCUCUUCUCCUCUGUAAUCAGCAGAUGCUCCAUGACCUCAUUGUUGUUUUGCCUGAGUUCUAUAGACUCCUGACUAAAUACAGAUGCAAUGAAAACCCUUUUAAGAUUUCCCCCAUUUCUUAAUAUGUCAGUAGAAGCCCUCGAGAUUCUCCUUCACCUUUUCUGCUAGGGUAAUCUCAUGCCUUUUUUUAGCCCUCCUGACUACCCUUGCAUUUCCUAUACUCCUCGGGCACCUCAUUAGUUCCUCACUUCUGUCACCUGCCCUGUCUCGUAACCAGUAUCGUACUCUAUGUACACAGCUUAAGGAAAUUUUCCUGAACACAUCUGACAAACUCUAUCCCAUCCAGUCCUUUGACAGUAUGGGAGCACCAGCCAAUAUGUGGAAAGUUAAAAUCACCUACUAUUGUAACCUUCUUUUUCUUGCAACUUUCUGCUCUCUCUCUCUCUCUACAAAUUUGUUCCUCUAAACCCACUAACUAUUGGGAGGAGAGUAAUAUAAUCCCAUUAAAGUGGUCAUCCCAUUCUUGUUCCUUAGUUCCACUCAUUUAGCCUCAGUAGACUAGUCCUCCAGUCUGUUCCGUCUGAGCAGUGCCGUGACAUUUUCUCUGAUUAGCAAUGCUGCCCUUCCCCCUUUAACUUUUUUCCCCUAUAAUGGCUAAAAAUUGGAAUCCCAGAACACUAAGCUACGAGUCCUGGUCCUCCUGCAACCAAUUCUCAUUAUUGUACUGCAUCAUAAUUCAACUUUCUGAUCAAUGCUCUAAGCUCAUCUGCCUUACCUACAAUACUGCUUGUGUUGAAGUAGAUGUGUUACAAGGACUACCCCUUAGUAAUAUGAUUAGUUAGGCACAGAUUGAACCUGUAUUUACUGACAAGUACCUAUUUUUAUACUUUUCCUUAUGAGGUCCAUCUAUGAUGUUUCAAUUUUGUUGGCUUGAGGUAAUCUGACCACCUGUGUCAGAUUCUCAUUGGACGUGGCCCAGGGCUACAAGCAGCAUAGUUCUAUGGCCUUCACCUUCAACUUCAUGCCUUAGGCUACGUCCACACUAGACCGGAUAAUUUUGAAAACGCCGGUUUCGAGUAAAAACGACAGGCGUCCACACUAGGCGCUUUUCAAAAUAUCUCUGUCCACACUAAGACAGAUAUUUGGGCGAAUCUACUCCUACUGGGCAUGCACAGACACAUCUACAGAAAACAAGUGAGAGGAAACGGUAUAAUAUUUACGUUUCCACGGUGGCGUUUUGCUAGUUCCAUUGGUCAAAAACUAGAGUACCUACAACAACAGCGAAAGAAAGUUUUCAAAAAUGUCUUUGAGGAAUACAAGGAAAACCUCCACUGGAGAAAGCAGACAGGACUUCUUUGUUUAGACAACGAAGUCGAGCUGUUUCUGCGAGUUACAAAUGACUACAAAGUCAGCAAAGCAGUGGAGAUGUUUAAUUCCAAACAAGCUAUUAAUGUAGACAAUAAAGUAAACAACAUACGCAUGAAGCCGUCCUCUACCCAAGAUCAACAUUAUUAACAAUUACAAAAGGUUAAAUGGUCAACUCGACAUAGACUACCAAUCCCACAUCAAACCCAAAUCUAUUAGGAGCAGAUGAGGACACUCAACUCAAUUUGAAAUACUAACUACCAAGUCAGAUAUGUACAGCAAGUCAUUUUCCCCCCACACAAUUAAAGCAUGGAAUAAUCUUAAUCCUAACACAGCCACACAACCAAACCCGAUUAAAUUUAACAAACAACAGGAAUUCUGCAGAUGCUGGAAAUUCAAGCAACACACAUCAAAGUUGCUGGUGAACGCAGCAGGCCUGGCAGCA